UUCAAAGGCUGCAACACAAAUUAGUUGGGCAUGGCGAACUCAGCCAUGGCGGUGCUCACGUUGAUGUCUCUUGGGCUAGCAGUAGCACUCCUCUCCGGCGCUGGUCCCGCGGCCGCGCAGAAGUGCGACUGCCCCGCGGGCUACUGCUGCAGUCAAUUCGGCUACUGCGGCACCAGCUCGGCCUACUGCGCUGGAAGCGGAGGUGGAGCUGGAGGUGGAAGUGGAAGCGGAGGUCUGAGCACCAACGUCACCGAUGCUUUCUUCAACGGAAUCAAGUCCAAGUCCGGCGGCGGCUGCGCAGGCCAGAGCUUCUACACCCGCCAAGCGUUUCUCACCGCCGCCAGAAUGUACCCCGCCUUCGGGUCGGGAAGCUCCGACGCCGGCAAGCGCGAGAUCGCCGCCUUCUUCGCCCACGUCACGCACGAGACCGGACACUUGUGCUACAUCGAGGAGAUCAACGGCGCGAGCCACAGCUACUGCGACAACACAUUCCCGCAGUGGCCGUGCUACCCGGGGGUGUCGUACCACGGGCGCGGGCCGCUGCCGUUCACGUUCAACUACAACUACGGACCGGCGGGGCAGAGCGUCGGCUUCGACGGGCUGAUGAGCCCGCAGACGGUGGCGCAGGACCCUGUGGUGUCGUUCAAGGCGGCGCUCUGGUUCUGGAUGACCAACGUGCACGGGGUGUUGCCGCAGGGGUUCGGCGCCACCACCAGGGCCCUCAACGGCGGCGUGGAGUGCGACGGCAAGAACCCCGCGCAGAUGAACGCGCGGUUGGGCUACUACCAGGACUACUGCCGCCAGCUGGGCGUCGACGCCGGGGGCAACCUCACUUGCUAGACAUGCACUGUAUGCGA